AUGUCCACUACUACCGCCAAGAGACCACUAGAAUUAGAUCCAAAUAGUCGGCUACAAUUCGCCCAAUCAAAAGAACAGCAACAAGAACUGGAACGAUAUAGUACAGAAGAUGCAGGUUCCAGAAAGAAACAGGAAGUUUCCGGUACUAGCAAUGCAGCAGCAACAACAAACAUGACCAAGAAACAACUCGAUAUCGAGGCUAAGAAUAAAAGAACCGCUCAGAAUAGAGCCGCUCAAAGAGCAUUUAGAGAAAGGAAAGAACGUAAGAUGAAGGAAUUGGAGGAAAAAGUUAACAAUUUAACAAAGAUCCAAAAACAGAACGAGAUAGAAUCAGAGUUCUUAAGAGGACAACUGAUUACUUUAGUCAAUGAGCUUAAAAAAUACAGAGACCCAAACCCUAAUGAAUCGAAAGUGUUAGAAUAUCUAUCUCAACAUAACGGUAAUAACAAGGAUUUCACUUUCCAGUUCCCAGAAACGUCAAAUUUGAAUAAAAAGGUAACGAUACCAUCUCCAGAUGGAUCCUUUGAAAGACAGCAACAGAAGAAGCCAAGUACAAGUAGCAUCUCUUCAAAUGAUGACUCUUCUUCUUCUAACUUGAUGCAGACGAUAAAUACUCCAUCUAUGUCAACGACGACGUCUGUCUCAUCCAACCAAAAUCAAAACCUAACUGGUACCACCAACAACAAAACUUCAUUGGAGUGGUUCGAUAAUAUGUUUAAUAACGAUGAUCUUUUCAAUCAACAAUUAUUAUCUUUAUCAAAUACUGCAAAUGCAAAUAAGAAUACCACAACAACAGCAACCAAUACUUCCUUACUACAACUUGAUGACCCGAACUUAAUAACAAAUAAUUUCGAUGUCACAGAUAAAUUUGAUGAACAAGUUUCGGAUUUCUGCGGGAAGAUGAACAUGGCCUGCGGUACAAGGUACGAUCCUGUUCCAAAAUCCAAAUCAAAUACUUCUACUCCACAAAAUAAUAACAGCUCCUUACUUUCGCCACCAUCCAACUCAAAGCAAAUUGCAAAUCAAAGCAAUCUUUUCAAUCUUAACACUCCACCAAACUUAAAUAUAACAAACACUUUUGAUUUCAAUUCUCCAUUAGAUUCACCACAACAACAGAACCAGGCGUUCGGUCAACUAGGAAUGCCAAAUUCACCUCAAUUCUUAAGUGCGUUUGAGCUUCCAACAGAAAAUUCAAUCCAGAAACAACCACAACAGCAACAGCCAAUGGCUAGUAAAAAGUCUCCAACACUACCAUUUAUCAAUUCAUCAUUAGCUUUCCCUACCGAUGAUAUAUUUAAUAAUACUAUCAGUAACAAUAAUAACAACAGCAAUACCAAUGGUCCACUUUUCAAUGAAUCUUCAAGUUUGUUAUCAGACUUUAUAAGGAAUGAAGAUGGGAAUGUAUCGGAUUCUGAUAAUGAUGCCGAUUCUGAUUUUGAUAACGAUUUAAUUAAUAAGAAUUUAAUUAAUCAAGAAAUUUCAAAUCCAGUACUGGCACCUGCUCCAACAUCUGUUCCUGCUUCAACUGCGGCUACUGCUGCACCUGAAGAUGAGGAUGAUGAUGAAUUCAUUGUUCCGUCAAGAGAUGGUGGUUUAUUAAGAUGCUCUGAAAUUUGGGAUAGAAUAAGUGCACAUCCAAAAUAUUCUGAUUUGGAUAUCGAUGGAUUAUGUUCAGAAUUAAUGACAAAGGCUAAGUGUUCAGAAAGAGGUGUAGUCGUUAAUGCAGAAGAUGUUCAAUUAGCAUUGACAAAGCAUAUGAGUUGA